AACCAAUCAAAACUGCGUUCGAUGUCGUGGCUUUACGCGGAAUAUUUCUGAGUGCUCAACGUAUCAACAAGAGAAAAAAGAUAAAGAAAAUUAAUUAAAAAUCAGAAAAGGGAUUAUUUACCAAAAAGAAAUGUUUGGAUGAUACAUAUUUAACUAGACUUCAAGUUGAACAGGUUUCAUUAUGUAAUUACAUGGCAGUAAAAGACAUGUUAUUAAGGUUGCCAUGGUAAUUGAGGGAAGGGAUGUUAGCGAUGACCAGUCGAAAAGAAAGGUUUGAUAACAACAACUAUGAGGUGAUAUCUGUUAUCGGAAAUGGUGCCUACGGGACGGUGUACAAGGCUCGUGACAAAGAGGGACAACUUGUGGCCAUGAAAAAGAUUCGAAUACAAAAUACAGAAGAAGGCAUGCCAAUGAGUGCAAUUAGAGAAAUUGCUUUAUUAAAACAACUGGAAAACUAUGAGCAUCCAAACAUUGUCAGAUUUCUUGAUGUGAAACAUACAAAUCAAACUGCAAAUGAAAUCCGUCUCAACUUGGUAUUUGAAUUCAUAGACCAGGAUUUGGCAGCCUAUUUAGAAAGAUGUCCAUCACCAGGACUAGGGCCAGACAGAAUCAGAGACUUAAUGUAUCAGUUAUUAAAUGGUGUAGACUUUCUUCAUGCUCAUCGAAUUGUACAUCGAGACUUGAAGCCACAGAACAUACUUAUAACAAGAAACGGCCAGUUAAAACUGGCUGAUUUUGGACUUGCUCGAGUUUACGGGUUUCAGAUGGCACUUACUUCAGUGGUUGUAACACUAUGGUAUAGGGCUCCAGAGGUCAUUUUACAAGCAUCAUAUGCCACCCCUGUAGAUUUAUGGAGCUGUGGGUGCAUAUUUGCAGAACUUUUCAUCAGAAGGCCAUUGUUUUGUGGACAGUCAGACAUAGAUCAGUUAGCUAAAAUAUUUGAAAUUCUGGGACUUCCAAUGGAACAUGAUUGGCCAGAAAAUGUUACGCUACCAUGGAGCUCAUUUAAACCAGUCCCACCACAGCCACUACAAUAUUACAUACCAGAAAUAGAAUCUGACGCUCAAGAUUUACUAGAGAAACUGUUGCAGUUUAAUCCACAUAAAAGAAUAAGUGCAAGAAAUGCUUUGAACCAUAGUUAUUUUAGAGAUGAAAUAGAUAGUUUACGGACGUCAAGUUCUAUGUCAGUGUCAGAAAGUGAUUCAGGAUUGGAUACUAGCAGCAGAUCUGACACUCCUGUCAGUAAAUGAAACCCUGGUUUUGAUUGGAUUGCUGAGUAGUGUCAGGGAAAUGAAACCCUUAUUUUGAUUGGAUUGCUUAGCAGUGUCAGGGAAAUGAUUCCUUUUCUGUGAUUGGGUAGAUAAUAGGAUCAGGGGUUUGCUGGUGAUAAGGUUUAUCCAUCAAUUAUUGAAUUCCAUUGUAGGGUACAAGGAUUUUAUGGUUGGCUAAAUCAAUGCAAGAACAGAGAAGAAUAGUUCAGGAAUACGAAUGAGUGAAUGGUAAAUGAAUGUAAGAUAGUUGUACAAAUGUAUAUAAAACGUCAAGAUUUUUCAAGAAAGUAUUUUUGCACUGCUGAACAAAAACAGAAAUAUAUAUACAAACAUAGGUCAGAGGAG